AUGUCCAACCCCAAAGAUCUUGAUGCCCUAUGCCCGGGGGAAACCAAGCGUCAGCGUGAAGCUCUUCGGAGAAAGCUCCAAUCUGGAGGCCUCAAACCAGGGUUGGUGGAGAAGUUCACUGCGGCGCGAACUGACCAAGAGAAGUUUGAGAACUUGAAGCAGUUCAUAAUGGACCCAACGUUACAAUCUGUAGUUGUGGAGAGCUGGUUUAUCGAGCAAGCAAAGGAGAAAUCCAAAGGAACUUGGAUUGAGAAGCCCCUGUGCGAGUUAGAGGAGAUCUACAAGUCACCUGAAGACCGUGAAAGGGCGAAAGUCAGUGGAACCAGUAUCGGAGUCAGGGGAACAGUGGCUGCCAACAAGGCUGCCAGGCAGUCUUUGGCAGACAAGAUCACUGCACACCAGGCUUCGUUUGACGCAUCAGCUGGAUCCCUCUUCCCAGACCAACCGGCCAAUAAGAAAGCGAAGGCUGCAGCAAAGCCGACCAAGGUAGGGCAUGGUUCUUCCAAGUUCCAAAUUUUGUUACUGAUGAGAAUUUCAAUGUUACACAGUCCAUUUUUGAAAAGGCGAAGACCCCGGAAGAGGAGCGCAAGAAAGCUUUUCAACACUCUUUGA